GUCCCGGAUCUCGAUCAUGUUUCCCGAAUUUUGAAGAAACCGCGUCUCUGUUCUACUAUACAAUACUUCUCCACAAAACUAAAUUAUUCCAUCCAGCAGCACAGCACACCUAUGUUGAAUUCAGCGCAUUUUGAUCCGAAUCCCAUAAAGUAUCUUUGAAAAUUCAACUGAAAGAGAAGAUAAGGCAGACAGACAGGGGAGAGUAACUGCCGAUCACUAUGUUAGUUUGAAUAAAAAGAUAUUUUAGUGUGAAUAUGAUGGAUGAUGGUGUUUUGCCAAGCAAUUGCAAUGGCGGCCAAAUUUUCUCGAGGAGUGGUUGAAACUUGAAAGUCAAGCCUACGUACUUCUCUUUUGAUAGGUUUGGAGUUGAAUAUUAAUGGAUGUCGAUUUUGUCAAGGGCUAACACUUCUGACCAUUCGCAGUGCUGUUGAUGUACCUGUGCGUACUUGGGCUGGCGAGGAAGCAUCCGUGAUUGUUCUUAGGGAAGGCCUGAUUAGGGUUUGGCAUAGCAGGGAAGUCUCCGUAGGGUUCAGUUCUUCUACGUUUCCAUUUUAAUCGAAGGAAAGUGAUGCUGAGAAAAGUUUAGAUCCUGAAAACUCGUUAUUCUGAGGCGAUCUUAGUAUUUGAUUUUACACUUUGACCUGUUGUUGAUGAUGAUGGAUGGAUCCAAUGGUAGCUCGAAUUCGCCGGCGCCGUUUCUGCUCAAAACGUAUGAGAUGGUAGAUGAUCCAAUGACUAAUUCUGUUGUUUCAUGGAGCCAAACAGGGCACAGUUUUGUUGUUUGGAAUCCUCCAGAUUUUUCGAGUGAUUUGCUUCCCAAGUACUUUAAGCACAAUAACUUCUCCAGCUUCAUUCGGCAACUCAACACAUAUGGCUUUAGAAAGGUUGAUCCCGAGCAAUGGGAGUUUGCGAACGACGAAUUCAUCAGAGGCCAUAGACAUCUAUUGAAGAACAUUCACAGGCGAAAACCAGUCCACAGCCAUACAGGUGCAAUGAUCUUAGCCGACUCCGAGAGAGAGGAAUUCGAAAAGAAGAUUGAGAAACUGAAGCACGAAAAGGUUAGGCUUCAAUCAGAGGUGGACCGGCAUCAAGAAGAGAAUCGCGAGUACGUGAAUAAGCUUAGACUGCUCGAGCACGCCCUGCAAAACAUCGAUCAGAGGCAGCGUCAGGUGGUUCUUGUCUUGACUAAAUUGUUGGAAAAGCCCGAGUAUGCCUCCAAGAUUGCAGAACAGUUAGAACCCGAGAACAAGAAAAGGAGAGUAUUAGCUUUGAAUCAAGUGCACACUGAGGAGAGCCAGAGCAUGAAUUUAGUCGAGAGUUGGAGCCCGGAUUCUCGUCCGAGAGUUAGCAUGGAAGUUGUCGAGAGAUUAACCUCGUCCCUAAUGCUGUGCGAGAAAUUCGCCAGCGACUUUGAUCAGAUUGCAGCAGAAGAAAAUAUGCACGAUGUUAACACACCCCUGCAGCCUUCGCUAUUCGUCGACACUGAAGUGCGAGCGCCGUUUGGAGAUUGCGAUCUUAAUGUCCCGCCUUCGUCGUCUGAGGUGUCACCUUCGGAAGACAGCCACUCUUCACUUGACCUCGUCGCGUGCACUGACUGCCCCUUGUCUUCCAUUUGCAUUGAUCUUGAUUCUGCCUCGGAAGUCGAUGCGGGCAUUAGUCCUGCAGAAACUCCUGAUUUUAAAUCAGGUAAGCAUCAAGAACUGGACAGCUCGGGAGGUAACAGUACGUUUUGGCAACAGUUCUUAACUGAGGAUACGUCGAAAAAGUUAGAGGAGAACAGGGAUAGGGACGUCGAUGAAUGGAACUCGGACGAGAGUGAGUGUACGGAAGAACUGAAGCCAUGGUGGACAAUGGAUAAGCUUACACAACAAAUGGGACAUCUGACUCAAGCCGAGAGGACCUAAAUGAUGCAUCUAUCUAUCUAUCAGGUAUUUAUUUACUUAGUAAUGAGUUUGAACGGUUGUUUGAUGCGAUAUAUAUACAUAUGUGGUAGUAGUAAUUAAUGUAUGUAAGGAUUUCUUACCUUUGUCAUAUGUUUGUGUAUAAACUAAUGAUAACUCACUUCUCCAUUGCACUCA